AUGUUUACAAGAGGUGUUCGAGUGCCUUAAAAGCACAGAGGACCUUCGCUUGAAGGUAAAAAGUCAAGUACAGAUCUGUUUUAAAACACUAAUGCCAUUAUCAAUGAUAGAGAUGGACUCUUGACGAAGACUCACAAGAAUUAAGGAAGUUUAGUGGCUAUUUAGCAGACACAUUCAACUUAAUUACUGUCUAGCUAAAGCAGUCGAAGUUAAACAAAAUUGAAGAAGACAGCAACAGCUUAGCAUAAUAUGGCAAACAACGAAAAUGAAGGAAAGAAUCUAAGAUUAAGCCCAAGAAGUAAAGGUGUUCCAAUAGAAUCCAAAUUCAAAGGCUCAACUGUUAAGGACUUAUCUUAGUACAACACCACAAACUUACUUUAGAAAAGUAGCUAUUUGGGGUACUAAGAAUAAUCACAAUAAAACUUGCCACCAAAGCCAAUAUCCUAGAUCCAAAGACGAAACAGACUUUUCCUUACUUUAAGCUCCUCUAAGAAGCAAAGGGAACUCUAGCUCUAGCAUUAAAAUCAGCAAUUCAAUAAUAUACACUAUAUUCAUGAUGACUUGACAAAGACUACUGAGACUGUGGUGCAUCCCUCGCCUAAGAAGACCAAUUUAGAGGAGAGUGUUGAAAUAACCAAGGAUCAAUUCAAGACAGAGCUGAUAAAGUUGGAGAAGAAAAAGCAAAAGGAACAGUACAGUGUGAGCAACUUAGUCAAGCAGCAAAAACUAAUUGAUGAGUAAAACUUGAACUUCAGAUUGGAUAAUAUGGAGAGAAUCGCACUCAUCAAUGACUUUCUAUCAGAUGAUAAUACUCAUAUAAUAAGAACACCAUAGUAAAAUUGCAAAAUACAACCAUCUGUGAUAAUAAACCCUCCACCAAGAGUAAGCAUACCGAUUGAGAGACCAGCCAUCACAACUAUUGAGAUAACCUCUAUGAACACUAAAAGGAGACCUUAAACAGCAUCUAAAUCAUCAAACAGACAACUUAUAGGAGGAGUGGCUAAUGAAAUUGCUGAUUCUAAAAUUGCUACUAGUGAGGGAUUCAAUAGUGCUCAGAAAAUAGAACUUAAUUCCCUCAAGCGUUAAGUAACCACGCUUCAAUCCUCAAAAGACCUGCUCAUUCCUUCAAAUAACCCAAAACCUCCUCUACAGCAUAAAAUUCGAGAGCAUAACUACGCUUCUAAAUCCAUCAAUCUAUCCUUCAUGGCUCGAGGGACUCCUAAAAAUUAACAGCAGAGAACAACAAAGAUUGAGCUGUGCUAGCAACUUGAAAAAAUUGAAAGUAAAAAUGACCAGUCGAUUGAACUUCUAAAAAAUAGAUUCUGCAAGAUGUAUGCUAAGAUACAGGCAAUUGACAUUGCCAAGGAGAAAAAAUGUGAUAAGAAAUCACUCAUACUUCAUGAUCAGGAAGAGUGUAAGAAAUAAAUAUUUGUAAAUAUCUCUGCCAAGAUCAAAGAUAAAAAUAAGUAAUAGUUGGUGAAUGCCAUUGAAGAUAAGUUCAAAAGAGUAAUAAAGAGAAGCUAAUCAAGAGAUGUAGUCUCUCGUAUGAUAGAAGUGAUAGACAAAACAUAGAAAUUUAAACAUGAUGAAUUGAUCAAAUCAAUCAUGGACAGUCCUGAUAAUAAGCCAGAGGACAUUUCAAAAGUCAUUCAAAUCCUUAAUGAAAGUACGAAUAGAAAAAGUGUAAGUCCCACUUCAUUGUCCUAAAGAGGCGGAAGUAGUAGUAUUGCUGGCAUUGUUAAAAAGCCUAGCUCGAUAAGGACAAUUGCUUAGAUGAAAAAUAUGGGACAUUCGCAUGCUUAGAAGACCAAAGAGGCAGCCUAAGAUAAUACUAAGUCCAUUUAGGAAUAUAGAUUUACUGAUAAUAUGAGUGUGGAGUAGUUCUUUAAGAUGCAGCCUGAGGAAAGAUGUAGGUAUAAGGUAUAUCCUAGUGAUCUUGCGAAACUUACUCAUAGCGUUCAGACUAAACUUAUACUAUAGGAUACACUGGCUAGCAAACAAGAAGUCACCAUCUUGGAUCAAUAAAACAAGUUGAAAAAUGAACUUAACAAUAGAGGCUUUUGGUUUAAAAAGUAACUCUAUGGCAUUGCACCUGUAAGCAGGGAAAAUGGGUGUCUAUAUUUCGAACAAGGUUCAAAGCAGUUGUUUGUCUGUGGAGGCUACUAAUAGAAUGACGCAUUUGACACUCAUGAUAUAAGUAUAGCGGGAGAGCAGUUAAAAUGGCAAAGGAAUAUUCCAAAGUUUCCUCUGUAAAACAACUAUGGGUAGUUAAACAUUAUCUAUCAGGAUAAGCAUUCAAAACGACUGAAAGUGCUACUAUUUGGAGGCUAGGCUUGUCUUGAGAAGCAAUAGGGUAAGGCUAAAUACUCCUCAUCAGCUUUGAGAAUAUUAGAUUUAUAUUCACUUGAGCAGUAAGAAAUUACGAUGACUGGGGAUAUAAUCAGAGGCAGGAAAAACAUGGGUUCCUGUUUUUGUGAUUAAAACCUCAUAAUACACGGAGGUUAGGACAACCAAAUAGAAGCACUUGGUGAUUUCUUCGUAUUUAAUGUAGACUCAUAUUAAUGGCGUAAGCUUAAAGUGACCUUCAAGGAUCAAGGAGAAAAGAUUGAUAACUUUCAGCUCAAACUCUCCCAUCACACAAUGACUGCUGUUAGUAAAUCUUUACAGAGCAGAAUAGAUAUAUACAUAUUUGGUGGACUUGAUUCUCAUAAUGCUCCUUAAAACUAACUCUACUUGCUGACAUAUAACACCUAAAGUCAUGAGUGUAAGCUUCGAAUGAUUACUGAUAAGACUGGGUUUUUCCCUUAAGCAAGAAGUCAUCACUCAGCUCUAAUGACCUGCGGGAACAAAUACCUACUGAUUUAUGGUGGGAAAAAUGAUUUUUUGUUUAAUAAAGUUGAUAGCAACAAUAAUGUGGCUGUUGAUGAUAUUGCUUUAUUUAAUACAAAGACCAAAUGCUGGGAUUCUUUUGGCUAAUAUGGAUUUAAGCCAGAUUCUAGAUGGAACACAUCUAUUGCCUAUGAUGAGUAGAAAAACCGAUUAAUAUUGUUUAGUGGGUCUAAUUUGAAAGGCUUUUGUACUAAUGAUAUUUAUUAUUUGGAGAUGCAGCCAAACAUUGUAUAGACUUUGAUCUCACGAAGUGCAUAGUGUCAAAAGUAUAUUGAUAACUUAAGCAAUAAAAUUACCAAAAAUAUAGGCUUAAGUGAUAAUGUGGCAUCCGGUAGACUUGCUUAAUCAAGGAGUGGAGCUAAUAUCCCAGUUAAGGGAUAAUCCCUAAUGUAAAUAACUAGGUUUUAAUAAACUGGGGUAUAAAACUUAAGUCUGGAAAGACAAGCUAAUCAAGAAUAGCAAUAGUUUACCUAAAGCAAUUUACACUAGAGUCAAAGUUUGAUAUAAAAUUACUAUUCAAGGUAAAACUCUAAAAAGGUUAGAAUAAUGGACGAACUCAAUUUAUACUCAAGGACUCCUAUUGAUUCAAUUUUUGAAAUUAAUUAUUGA